AUGUUUUUCCUGUUAAACCUAGUCCACAGGGAAAAGGUCGCAAAAAACUUCUUCAACCAGAAACACAUAAAAGGAAUGUUGAUAAACUUGCUAGGGGAGCUACCCAGGGAACGUAGAGGUGGCAAUAGAGUGGGUCCAAAAAAUGACGAAACAAGAAACUGCAUCAAAAGAUUUAUAGAAUCCAUUACAUGUACCGAGUCUCAUUACUGUAGAAGCAAGACAAGCGUGAGGGUCUACCUGCCAUGUGACUUGAAUUUCAAGAAACUUUUCGACCAUUAUCUUCGGAGAGUGCCUCAGCCUAUGCAUGUGAAGCUUAGUUAUUUUCGAAAGUUUGUGAAUGCUAACUACAACAUCGCUUUUGGAACUCCGUUGACUGACUGUUGCUCCACUUGCUUGAGAACAAAGGAGCAGUUGAAAGUAGCAACUUUAGAUGUUCGUCAAAACCAUCAAAUCAACUAUAAUAAUUUUACAGUUGUCGCUGGAACUUCUACAGAUAAAUUAAGACCAAAAAAUAUGUUUUCUUACUUGUGGACAGAAAUUGACGCCCGCAAAGAUUCUAAUACAAUAGCAUCAGCUUUGCAACAUGCUCUAAAGAAUUUUGAUUUUGAUCCCAGCAAAGAAACAGUACGUUUGUUCGCUGAUGGUUGCGGCGGACAAAACAAAAAUACGAAUAUGAUGGCAAUGUUGGCUUACUGGCUCCUAGAAGAAUCGCCGAAACAUAUUACACAAAUUGAAUUGAUUUUUCCGAUCGUCGGUCAUUCCUUUAUUCCGCCUGAUCGCAUUUUCGGCCUUAUAGAAAAAGACAUUAAAAAAAUGCCUGUUAUCGUGGAAAUUAGUGACUACGAUGAUUUAAUUAGAAAGCAUUCUACUAUACGGAAAAUCGGUAUCGAUUGGGAUGUGUUUGAUUGGAGAACACAAGCAAAACGAGUUAUUAAGCUGCCUAGUUCAUGGCACUUUGAAUUCAAUAAGGCAAAGUGGUUUAUUUUCUACAGAAAAGACAAAAAUGUUCUAGUUGAAGGUGAGCCCAAUUACUGCAGUGACGUUGGACAAGCUAAAAGCAUUUGUAAAAAAAAAUGUUCCAUUCCUUCAAUGGCUCCUGAGAAAUUACCACUGGGAAAAGGAAUAAAGGGGGAUAAAUCAACUAUCAAUGUUCUCCUUUCCAACCACUACGGAGCAAAUUGGAGAAGCCUUCCUGAACUGAAUUUUUACAAAGAAUACUUGAAGACAGCUUCUGCCUCACCAGAAGAAACCGUUGAUAGUUUGGAAAAUUGCCAAAAUGCCGAGAAUGACUGUUUUUUCAUUUGA